AUAUAUUAAUGAACAUACACACUUGUCUUGUGAAAACCUUCACUUCUUUCCCCCCUCACAAAACACACUUCCUAACAUAGAACUAUUAAGUGCAUAACAAAUAUAUAAUUCGUGUUGAGCCAAAAAAAAAUCAUGAAAGAGAUGAAGAAUGAGAAGUUGAUGAAUGAAUUCUGGCUAAGGCCAGCUUUCCAAAAGAAUAAUUCAGCAAAAUGGAAGUAUUUCAAGAAGAAAACUACUGUAACCUUAACAACAUCGUUGCUACUUUUCUUCUUUCUGCUCGUAGUUUCUCUCUUGUUCUUGACCGGAUGGUUCGAUCUUGCAAAAUACACUAGUACUCUUUUCUACAAAAAAUUUGCAUCCCCCACAAUCCAACCCCAAGUUGGUGAAUUCCCUUUGGAUUGUGCUGCAUGGAAUCAAUCCAAUACAUGUCCAAGAAAUUACCCUACUUCCUAUAAACCCUUAAACCCUAAUAAUUCAACAUGUCCUGAGUAUUUUAGAUGGAUUCAUGAAGAUUUAAAGCCAUGGAAGGAGACAGGAAUCACUAGGGAAAUGUUGGAGAAAGGCAAAAGACAUGCACAUUUCAGAUUAAUUAUAUUGGAUGGGAAAAUUUAUGUUGAGAAAUAUAAUACAAAGAGGUUUAUUCAGACUAGACAUUUGUACACUAUGUAUGGUAUUGUACAACUUCUAAGGUGGUACCCUGGUAAAUUACCUAACUUGGAGAUCAUGUUUGAUACCGAUGACCGGCCGGUAGUCCGGUCGAAGGACUACCGGAAACCUAACUCCGGCCCACCGCCGUUGUUCCGCUACUGUUCAGAUUGGCAUAGUUUGGACAUUGUCUUCCCAGAUUGGUCAUUUUGGGGCUGGGCUGAGACAAAUAUAAGGCCAUGGAGAGGUGUGAUUAAGGACAUAAAAGAAGGUAAUAAAAUAACAAAAUGGAAGGACAGGGUACCCUUUGCUUAUUGGAAAGGAAAUCCACAUGUUACUCCAAUCAGAAAAGAUCUUAUGAAGUGCAAUGUCACUGAUAAACACAACUUUGAUACUCUCUUAUACGUCCAGGAUUGGGAUGAUCAAUCCAGAAAGGGGUUUAAGGAAUCAGACCUUGGAAAUCAGUGCACCCAUAGAUAUAAAAUAUAUGUGGAAGGAUGGGCAUGGUCAGUGAGUGAAAAAUACAUAUUGGCCUGUGAUUCACCAACCUUGUACAUAAGACCUCGUUUCCAUGAUUUCUUCAUUAGAGGCAUGAUUCCUCAGCACCAUUAUUGGCCCAUUAGAGAAAAUGAUAAAUGUAAGUCGCUCAAGUUUGCUGUUCAAUGGGGCAACAAUCACACACACAAGGCAGAGGCUAUUGGGAAGGCAGGAAGUCAAUUCAUUCAUGAAGACAUGAAGAUGGAGUAUGUGUUUGAUUACAUAUUUCAUUUGCUGAAUGAAUAUGCAAAGCUACUAAAAUUUGAACCACAAGUUCCAUCAGAAGCAGUUGAAAUAUGUUCAGAAUCAUUGGCAUGUACUUCACAUGGUAUAUGGAGAAAGUUCAUGGAAGAAGCCUUAGAGAAAUCUCCUAGUUAUUCAAAUCCAUGCACACUCCCUCCACCUUAUGAACCUCAACAGCUUAAAUCAUUUGUUGAACAAAAGAUAAAAGCCACACAAGAAGUAGAGGCAUGGGAAAAUGAAUAUUGGAGCAACCCAAAAACUAAGCAAUAGGGGCCUUUUAUGCAUGCAACUUAGAUAUAUAGUGUAUGUUGUACUUGUAUUUUAGAAAAUAUUAACUUAAUGUAUUGUUAUAUAGACUACCUUUACAUGAUUAA